UACCAAGUUCAAUCAUCAGAUUAGAUUUAAAAUGGAGAAGGAGAUAAAGGAUAAGAGGGAUCUGUUCCUCAAGGUUCUCCAGGACGGAACGGAGAAGAUUGAAGAAGAAGAUUAUAAAGCUGCUGAAGAGCAUAUCCAAGAGUGUCGUGUUAUCUUGAAAGACCGGAAGAAACUAGCGCGAGAGUUGAUGGUUCUUGAUCUUUACUCCGAACCUGUCUUGAAGGCGGAGAUAAGGAUGGAUACAGGGAGUCUUUACUUAUUAGCACUGGAGCUUAAUGUUAGGCAGAGGAGGAUUGCGAACGGAGCAGAGGAGUUGGUUCAGGCGAUACUAGGAACAGGAUUAUUACAAGAAGGACAAGUAGAGCACUUUUGCAAUAUUUGUAUACAGGCUGGGAACCUUCUUAUCUCUAGUCCUGCAGACAGCAGGAACUGGUAUCUCAGAUCUUUCCGCACAGCAGAGGAGUGGAAGAUGAGUUCUGUAAUGGAGAGAACCAGCUCCCAUCUUGUAAACCAGGCGAUACAGCUCGAUGAUUUUGAGGCAGCAACCGAGUUCAUUAAGUAUAUCCAACCUUGCGCAGAGAAACACCUAAUUAUGUUGAACCUUCAGCUUCUUGGGAACAUAUCCAUGAAUCAGGAUAUUCUAGCAGAGUUCUUUAGUAACAAGAUGACUAAGAGGAAAUUUUUCUCUCUAAUUCACGUUCUCAAAUCUCAGGAUGGAAGUAGAAGAAAACUGGAGAUGAUGAGACGUAUCGUGGAGUUUAUGAGCGUAGAUCACUUCUCUGGGUCUGAUUUAGAGCCGAGUAUGGUUGGAUAUCUCUUGUUUCUUAGCCAAGAUGAAAGUAAAGACUACUGCGCCAGUUACAGGCUUAUCUGUAGAUAUAUCUCAUUUGUGGCUUCAAUGCAGGAACAAAGAGUGUCCAAAUCUCCUGUGGGUUUUGUGCUUAAGAUAGCAGAAAAAAUCGUCAGGGAUUUAAAGAUGUCUGGAAAGUACACAAUGGGGGAUGCCAAGAUUGGCAAGAGAGGGAGCGGAGACGCUAAACCUGGAGAUAAGGAUAAGAUGAAACUUGAACCCAGAGAAGGAGAGAACCUCCAGCUCUGGUUGGAAGGAUUAUCAUGUCUUGCUCUCCUCACAGACCAGAAAUCCAAGUUUAUAUUUUUCACAGAACUACUGGUAAAUCAUGAGUUGACAACUUUUAUCUUUGUCUAAAUUCUCUUACUCCUAGAGUAAAGAUCUUGAUUAAAAAUCUAAUUAAAAAUAAAGAGUUAUUCCUUUA